AUGGACACCGAGUACCCUGCCUUCGAGCCCCCGCUCUGCAGCGAGCUCAAGCACCUAUGCAAGCGGCUCCAGGAGGCGUACCGCGAGCUGAAGGAGGACCUCACGCCUUUCAAAGAUGACCGCUACUACAGGCUGGCGCCCAUGCGGCUGUACACGCUCUCCAAGCGCCACUUUGUCCUCGUGUUUGUCGUCUUCUUCGUCUGUUUUGGCCUGACUGUCUUCGUUGGGAUCAGAGGGCCCAAAGUAAUCCAGACGUCUGCAGCUAAUUUUUCACUAAAUAACAGUAAAAAGCUAAAGCCAAUUCAAAUCCUUUCAAAUCCAUUGUCUACAUAUAAUCAGCAACUGUGGCUGACGUGCGUUGUGGAGUUGGAUCAGUCAAAAGAAACAUCUAUUCAGACAAGCUUCCUCAUGACUGUUAAAGUUGACGGUGUAGCUCAAGAUGGAACCACCAUGUUCGUUCAUAACAAGGUUCACAAUCGGACGAGGACCCUCACCUGUGCGGGGACACAGCUCUUCCUUGCAUCUUUGCAGAGGUGUGCAGAAAUUAUUGUGGCCCACCUGGGCUACUUGAACUACACACAGUAUACCGUGAUUGUGGGAUUUGAACACCUGAAGCUGCCCAUCAAGGAAAUGAACUUCACGUGGAAGACUUAUGACCCUGCAUUUUCCCAAUUGGAAAUUUGGUUCCGGUUCGUCUUUGUGGUGCUUACCUUCAUUGUCACUUGCCUGUUUGCACAUUCCCUCCGGAAGUUUUCCAUGCGAGACUGGGGGAUGGAGCAGAAGUGGAUGUCCAUUCUUUUGCCUCUGCUGCUGCUUUACAAUGAUCCGUUCUUCCCGCUCUCCUUUCUGGUGAACAGCUGGGUUCCGGGCAUGCUGGACGAUCUCUUUCAGUCCGUGUUCCUAUGUGCCUUGCUGCUCUUCUGGCUCUGUGUGUAUCACGGGGUACGCGUCCAGGGAGAAAGGAAGUGUUUGACUUUCUAUUUGCCUAAAUUCUUCAUUGUUGGACUAUUGUGGUUGGCUUCUGUCACGCUGGGAAUAUGGCAGACAGUUAAUGAAUUACACGAUCCAAUGUACCAGUAUCGAGUUGACACAGGAAAUUUUCAGGGAAUGAAGAUUUUCUUCAUGGUGGUGGCAGCUGUGUAUGUUUUAUACCUUCUGUUCUUGAUAGUGCGGGCCUGUUCUGAGCUACGUCACAUGCCUUAUGUAGAUCUCAGGUUAAAAUUUUUGACUGCAUUGACUUUUGUAGUGCUUGUCAUUAGCAUCGUCAUCCUUUAUUUAAGGUUUGGAGCACAAGUAUUACAAGACAAUUUUGUUGCUGAACUGUCAACUCACUACCAGAAUUCAGCUGAAUUCUUAUCUUUCUAUGGCUUGUUGAACUUUUACCUCUACACUUUGGCCUUUGUGUAUUCUCCAUCGAAGAACGCCCUGUAUGAGUCCCAGCUGAAAGACAACCCUGCAUUCUCCAUGCUGAAUGACUCUGACGAUGAUGUAAUCUAUGGGAGUGACUAUGAAGAAAUGCCUCUGCAGAACGGCCAGGCCAUCCGGGCACAGUACAAGGAGGGCUCUGAGAGCGACUGAGCCCCCGGCCGCCGGCGGGCCGGGCCGACGCUUUCCCGCAGCGCCGCUUCCUGGCCGUCCCCGCUCCUGCUGGUGUUCAGGCUUGUCUCAUAAGCAGAGAUUUCCUGGUCCUUAUUUGUUUGCGUAUUUUUUAAAGGAAAACCAAAACCAAGGAGAAAUUUAAACAUUGGGCCAAAUUUAGUGUUAGAGUGGCUGCAUUUGGGAAGAGUGGCACUGAUAAGUGUAAACAGCCAAAUCCCUUUUCCGGAUUUCAGAUGAGAGAGUUCAUUUUUAGUGGUGAGGAGGUAAUUACUCCUCUUUUUAGUAGAGUUAUUAUUAUUUUUUUUUUUAAUAAUCUGCUCUUUCUGAGUCCAUGGAAAGCCCUUAUGAAUGAGGUCAUCAGCAUGGUGGCGUUCUCCUCUUUCUUCCUUUCUUCCCUGCCCUGUACCGUUUCAGCUCUUUAAACUCAAAGGGAAGCCUAUUGUUGUGUCUGUCUCCCAAGGACAUUCCUUCCCCCUUGAGUGCUCUGGGUAACCAAGCAUCCCAGGUGACUAGUAACUCCUGUCUGUUGUGUGAAAUGCCUAAGUAAUAGCUUAUUAGGGAAAUGGUGGGCGAGCAGGUUCUAGCCCUUCACUGCCACAGGGCAGAACUCGUGUCGUGAGGGUCUGAGGAGGACUGGCUGAGAUUCAUAAGGAAAGGGUAAGAUAACCGACAAGCGCCAGCUCGGGGAGAGGUCCUGCUGCCAUGGUUUUCCAAGAGCUGUGUACACACGAGUGUGCGUGUGAGCGGAUGUCGCUGUGGUUGGGAUGGGAAAGAGGGUAUCCGCUACAGUUCCUACAAGCUGUCAUUUCUACAGCUCCUUUAGAGAUAACACCCCGUGGAACUUUAUUAUUUUUUUAUAAAAGCUAAACAAAGGAUGUAUUAUAGAUUCUUUAUUGUGAAAAAGUUUUUCAGUUUCACAUUUGAAGCCUAGAUGAUAGAAAGUGAAACAUUUUCGAUGAUUUGUGGAAGCACAUCUUUGGGUAGAAGGUCACUUGCUGGGAAGCAGGCCCCGCCCUCCAGUGGCCAGGGAAGAGGAGGGCCUGCUCUGGAAGAAGAAAGUUGUCUCGAGCUGCUGAAUCUGUGGCAUCAUAGAAGGCCCUGGAGAGUUGCCAGUUCCUUUAUGUCAAAGACUAAGUGUACAAGUCUGGUAUCUCCUUUCCUUUUCCUCUGACAAUGACGUCUUUCUUGAACCGUUAACGUACCGUCACAGCUAACAUCCUAACGGAUGGCGUCUGGGCAGAUGCAGUGCGUAGGAUAGGAUUGUUCCACUCUGCAAGCAGUACCUACGUUUUCUUCAUCUAUGCAUUAACUCUCAAAUCGCUAAAAAUUGUAUUCCACUUGAGGUAAGGCUGGGCCCUUAUAGAGGUUCAUGAGAGACUUCUCAUGACUUAACAUCUGUUUAAACUUUAGUGAUAACGUACCUUUAAUAUGGAUUCCAUUUGUUUUUAAAACCUUGUAAUUAUGAA